AUGAUUUCAAUUGUUGAUUUACUUAAUCAAGCAUUAAUUUAUGGAAAAGAUAGUAACCGAGUACAACAUCUUCGACAUGUACAAGAACUUAUUCUACGAAAAGAUCCGAGUUUAUUGAAUCAUUUUCUUGAAGAAGUAUUAAAUUUUCAAACAGAUAAAAGUCCAGAAGUCAAAAAAACAAUCAUAUCAUUUAUAGAAGAAGUUUGUCAAUAUGAUCCAAAACUUAUUCUUAGAGUAAUCGAUAGUCUUCAUUUGUUACUUAAUGAUGAAAAUAUAUUUGUACAAAAAAAACUUAUUCUUACUAUAAUUUCAAUUUAUAAAUCGACUUUAACUUGGUUAUCAAAAUCUCAAUCAAUCGAUAAUAAUAUACAUAGUAUAUGGCAAUGUAUGACUAAUAUCAAAAAUCAUAUUAUAUCUAUGCUUAAUUCAGAUGAUGAUCGACUUUGUACAAUAGUUAUUAAAUUUAUUGAAAUGUUAGUGCUUACAUUAUCACGAUAUGAAGAAGAUAUUUCAAAACAUUUAGUACAAGAUAAUCAUAAAAUUUUAUGCCGAAUUAAAUUAGAGAAAGAAGAAAAAGAAAUAAUAGAAAAAUUAUUUGAAUUUACUGUUUCUCAACAUAUAACUAGUGUCAAUUUAAUUGCAGCUGUAGAAGCCGUAACUAAUAUUGCUCGACAACGAUUAGAUUAUAUAAUACGAGUGAUACAAACAUUUGAAAUAUUACUUGUUAAUUUAUCUUCAACUUUCAUUGAUUCUCAAGUUAUUAAUAUACGUAAUAUAAUCAAAUUAAAAUUACUUAGUCUUCUCAAAUAUUCAACUUCAUAUAAUAUACAACCACAAGUUAUAACUUUACUUACUGAUCUUGGUACUACACAGGCAGAAAUUCUCAAACAUUUACCUAAAGUAAUAACAGAAUCAAAACGAAAGUUAAUUUCAAAUACAAAUGAAAAUACUAAAAAAUCGAAAAAUAUUAAUGAUGAUAUAAAUAAUAACUUAAUAAAAGAAGAAAUCUUAUCAAGUGAUCAUGUUAAACCACAUAUAUAUAAUAAUAAUAUUCGAGAAGACAAAGUUGCAUCAAAUGUAACAAAUGUUCGAAAUGAUAAUUCAUCAUUUGUAAUCUCAUCUGAUUUUGAUAAUAAAAUACAUUUACCAUCGACUAAUGCAAUUUUAUCAACAUCUACAGAUUUAAUAAAGAUUCCAAAUAUCCAACAGAAAAAAAUGAAAUCAUUUAAAUUAUCUAAUGUAAUAAAACCACUUGAAUAUGAUGAAAUGCAACGUAUGUCACUUAAUGCAUUUCAUCGAAUGCUUGAUGCUGAAGAUAUUUGUGAAAGAACUGGUGUUGAACAUAUACGACAAAAAUUGAUGACUUCAUUAGUUUAUUUAUUCGAAGAAAGUUUUCAUAAUAUUUAUGAAGAUUAUAUUUUUGCUGAUGUAUAUAAACGAUAUCAUCUUGCAUUUACAUUGAUUUAUCACGAAUAUGUUUAUGCUCGUGGCUAUUUAGUAUCAAAUAAAAAUAAAGAUUUUACCAAAUAUGAUCAUAUAUUGUGUCGAUUACUUGAAUGUUUACAAGGAAAAUAUGAUGAUCUAUUUACUCGUUUAUUUAUGAGUGCACCCUUAAUUACAUAUAAUGCAUUACUUAUACUUAAACGAUAUUGUCGAGAUGAAAAUCAUUCUGAUCUGGGCAUGAGUAUCUUACGUAAUCUUAUUUUUCAACGAAUAAUAAUUCGUGACAAAUGUUUGAAUAUAUUACUUAAUUUUACUCAUAAUGAAAAUGUUUCUGUUAGAAAUAAAGCUAUACAUAUUAUAAAAAGUUUGCAUGAAAAAAAUGAAUAUCAACAAUCAAUCGAAGAAUAUGCUUUGAAUUGUUUAACAUAUUUACGAGCUUUACAGCCACCAGACAUAUUAUUUUGUGAUGAUAGCAAAUCAUUAACAAUAUCAAAAGAUGUUUGGACAGAAGAUUCUAUUCAUCUUUGUCUUUCAUUAUAUCUUAAUUUAAUCUCAUCAAAUCAUUAUUUGAUUCAAUCAUUAGUAACUAUUUAUACAGCAGUUGAUAAGAAUAUUAAACGAGUAAUCCUUCAGGUUUUAGAAAUUCCCAUACGUGAAAUGGGCAUGACUAGUCCAGAACUAUUAAAACUAAUUAAAAAUUGUCCUCAGGGUGCUGAAGCAUUGAUUACACGUAUUAUUCAUAUUCUUACUCAACAAAUGCCACCAUCACAUGAGAUUGUUGAAAAAAUACGAGAUUUAUAUCAUACACGUAUAUUAGAUGUUCGUCUACUGAUUCCAGUACUGGCAAGUUUAGAAAAGAGUGAAAUUCUAAAUGCAUUACCAAAGUUCAUAAAAUUAUCACCUCCAGUGGUUAAAGAAGUUUUUAAUCGACUUUUAGACACAUCUCGAAGUUCACAGACAAAUGUAUUAUUACCAUCGGAAUUAUUAAUUGCUCUUCAUCGAAUUUCACUUGAAGAAUGUGAAUUAAAAACAAUAAUCAACGCGACAUCCAUCUGUUUUAAUGAACGUUCAAUUUAUACUCAUGAUAUUCUUGCUGUUGUUCUACAACAACUUGUUGAAAUAACACCAAUUCCUAUUUUAUUUAUGCGAACAGUUUUACAAACAUUUAGUCUUUAUCCAAACAUGGUUGGUUUUAUUAUGACUAUUUUACAACGACUUAUAAUGAAACAAGUAUGGAACCAAGCUCGAAUAUGGGAAGGUUUUAUAAAAUGUUGUGAAAAAACUCAACCACAUUCAUUUCCAAUACUUCUUCAAUUACCAUCUUCACAACUAAAACAUAUCUUGCAAAUAACAUCAGAACUACGUAAGGGUCUUGUACGUUAUAUACAUUCUAUGUCAAUCACUCAACGUUCAUCAAUUCCAUCAUCUAUAUUGAUAGUAAUCGAAGAUGACUUGGAAAAUAUUGUACCUAUGUCAUCAUCUAAUCCAACAUAA